GGCUCGAGCCCCCAACACGUCAUGGUUAUAAGCCACGCCCUCCCGCGCGCGCGCCUGUGCUAUGCAAACACACAGGAGUGUAAUGAUCUGCUGCAGGACUGAAGGGGUUAACAGGGAGGAGGAGAAGGAGGAGGAGAGAGCAGUGAGUCUCACUGACACACUGGCCGCAGUCCUGAUACGAGCUCAGCGCGGCUGGUGGCCGGCUGUUUGAUUAAACGGGAUUAUUUGCGCUGUUUUAGGAGCGAUUUUUUACCGGUUUAUUAUCAUUUUGCACGCGCGUCUCAGAAGACGGACACAGCGCGCGCGCUUGUCUUCAUUGCACCCUGCUGAUGUGUUUUUGGACAUUUUGCGCUCGUGUUCUGCAUGUCUGAUCUGUCGGAUUGCAGGAUGCUGAAUUAAAUACCUGAUGCUUUGGGAAUAAGAUAUCAGACUGUAUAUAGGGGACACGGAGGCGAAAAUGCGAGGCAGAGGCGGAAGCGGCGCGCGCGGUGCAGGUGGAUGGCCGACCUGAUGCUACACACAGAGAGAUAGACAGAGAGAGACAGAGGGAGAGAGACAGAGAGAGAGAGAGAGAGAGAGAGAGAGAGAGAGAGAGAGAGAGAGAGAUCGUGUGCUGUAGUGCUGCUAUGCUGUACUAGUCGGGUGUGUGAGUAGCGAGCUGUGACCGCCAUGCUGCCCGGGGUCGGGGUGUUCGGCACCAGCCUGACAGCGCGGGUGAUCAUCCCGCUGCUGAAGAGUGAGGGCUUCUCCGUGGAGGCGCUGUGGGGCCGCACGCAGGAGGAGGCCGAGGAGCUGGCCAGGGAGAUGGACGUGCCCUUCUACACCAGCCGCAUCGACGAAGUGCUCCUGCACCAGGAUGUGGAUCUGGUGUGCAUCAAUCUUCCCCCGCCGCUCACGCGCCAGAUCGCCGUCAAAACGCUGGGUAUUGGCAAGAAUGUCAUCUGUGACCGCACAGCCACACCGCUGGACGCCUUCCGCAUGAUGUCAGCAGCGCAGUACUACCCCAAGCUGCUGAGCAUUAUGGGUAACGUAUUGCGCUUUCUUCCUGCCUUCGUUCGCAUGAAGGAGCUGCUAGAGGAGGGCUAUGUGGGAGAACUGCUAGUCUGCGAGGCACAGGUCCACGGCGGCAGCCUCUUGGGCAAGAAGUACAACUGGAGCUGUGACGACUUGAUGGGCGGUGGAGGACUUCACUCUGUGGGCACCUACAUCAUCGACCUGCUCACAUUCCUGACCAGCCGGCGUGCCAUCAAGGUGCAUGGCUUCCUCAAGACUUUCAUUAAACAGACAGACCACAUCAAGGGCAUCAGACAGAUCACCAGUGACGACUUUUGCACUUUUCAGAUGGUGCUGGAGGGUGGAGCCUGCUGCACCGUGACGCUCAACUUCAACGUGCCGGGUGAGUUCCGGCAAGAGGUGGUUGUGGUUGGAACGGCUGGACGCCUCACAGUCAGUGGCACUGAUUUGUAUGGACAAAAGAACAGUGGCAUGGCAGACCGUGAGCUACUGCUCAAGGACAGCACACCUUUAGGCAAUGCCUCGCUGCCUGACAAGGCCUUCAGCGACAUCCCUUCGCCCUACCUCACCGGUACCAUCUGCAUGGUCCAGGCUAUACGACAGGCCUUCCAGGGCCAGGAGGAUCGGCGGACUUGGGACGGCCGGCCGCUCACCAUGGCUGCCACUUUUGAGGACUGUUUGUAUGCUUUGUGUGUGGUGGACACAAUCAAAAAGUCCAACCAGUGUGGUGAAUGGCAGAACAUCGUAGUGAUGACGGAGGAACCUGAAGUCAGUCCAGCAUAUCUGAUCAGUGAGGCCAUGCGACGCAGCAGGAUGUCACUGUACUGCUAGAGCUGCUUGACGGAUGACUGAAUAAAUGUGACUGGAGUUAGGAAAUGAAUGACUGAAUGAAUUGAACCUGGAAUUAAAACGAAGCUUGCUGAAUUUUAUGGGUAUCAAUUGAAGGAAUGAUCAGAAAUGCAAACAGCAAUAUACUCUUUCUGCUUUCUGUGAACGACACUGCUUCUGGAUGAAAUCACACUGGAUUCAUGGAGGAUGACUGGAAAUUAUACAGCAGAUAUUUUCAACACUGGAGAAAACCACUGGAAAAAAAAAACAUUUAGCAGUGGCAAACAUGGUUCUGUCAUUCUUGCAUGGUGAUGAAUGUGCAAUCCCAAUGGGCUGUCCCGUGUAUGUGUUCUGUGUGUGUGUGUGUAGAACAUUACAAAAAUCAAUAGUUUGGCUGGUAGGCCUUUUAGAGAGGAACUCCCCUCUGGUCAAUUACACAAUAAAUCUGCCUAGAUAUGCUUGUGUGUCUGAAAUACAAAGGAAUAGCUUGUUUUUUAGCUGUGCUUGCAGAGGACAGUGCAAUCCUAGCAUGCUUGCACAAGUCUACUGUUCCUUUAGGUUUUAGGCACUAAUUCGGUUCUUCAGCUCUUACAUGAAGCUGGCCAGCUUGUUUCUGAGCUUGAUGUAUUCAGCAUGUGAACCACUCUUGCAUGCGUACUGUAGAUGAGGGCUGUAAAUUACAUCUCAAACAAUCAGCAGUGGCCUCUGGUUAGUACAGCGUGGGUAGGUGUUCCAGCAUGCAGUCGCCUGCGCUGUUAGAGUUGCAGUUGGAAAUAAUUACUAUAAUUAAGCUCUAAGCAAACAAGUGGCAAAUGUGGCAGACAAACAACAUAAAGCAAAAUAGUAAACACCCCUAUUGUUUUACACAUUCAUAGAUAGCUUACACUAAGUGUCAUUGAGCUGUUACAUGGCAGAAACAGUUACAUGAACAAGACUUAUUUAUAAUACCUUCUGUUUACAGGGUCAGAUUAGUAAUCUGACAUGGUUUAAUGCCAAUUUCACACUUCAUACUUUUUCAUCUGUAUGCUCUGAGGUAGAUUUAGGAGUUCUGAUCAUGUGUCAUAAUUAGAUUUGAUGUUUAGCAACAUUCUCGAGGGCUAGACACGGCCGAGUCAAUUAUAAGCAUAAAAAUAUGUAUGCCAAAUUAUAUUCAAUACAAGGCAAAAAUUCCUUCGCAGUGCUUAGUGCUGGGAUUCUUGACUGGGAGAUGAUCCCAAAAUUAGUCAGGUUUUUAGUGCAUGAUUUUAAUAGAAGUUUAAUUAUCUUCUGUUUUAGACAUUAGAUAAUUAUUACAUCUUAUUUCUAACAUUGACCUACAAGCCAAAAGAUUGAUUUUUAUUUUGAACUCUUUUUAUUUGGUUUGUUUUUUAGGCAUUGAUAAUGUAUAACAAAGCUCUAAUAUCUACCUUUGCCUGCUGUUUCCUUUUCCUGUUUCUGUUCCAAGUUAGUAAUGGACCACUUCAGGCAUCACAUGGGUGGUAUAAAAGGGUCAGGUGAUGGCUGUAACUGCUGGUCAAAAUCACAAAGGCUAACAUAAUGCAAAGACUCUCCACAGGAUUGGUAGCAAGAACUAAUUCUUAAUUAAAUCACUGUGUCAUUUGUUUGUACAGUGUAACGUCAUGCUACUCGUGAUGCAUCGAAAUGAAACUUCUUGGCCGAAAAUUUCAAGAUUGGCUUUUCGCGCUAUAACAUAAAUUAUAUUAAUUUAUUUUUCUUCUUAUUUAUACUUAAAAAUAAGUCUUAACUGAAGACCUGUACGUUAAUGAACUACAAUCACCGUGGCGUAGCCAUAGCAACUAGCAUAUAAAAUGCAUUACGCAUGCAGGUAGUGCUUGAAACUGUGAUGCACACACAGAGUGCAAAUCCGCUCAGUUCAGGGUUGCCAGAUUGGAUGCAGUUUCCAAAUCAGCCUGGAAAUGUAAUGAUGGAAAAUCACAACUACAGAUUUUCUUUAGACGUAAAAUGAUUAUAAAUUGUGUUUUGAAAAUAUUGUAAAUUAAGGGGAUUAAAUUUGGUUGGAUUGGGGAUCCUUCCUAAUCUGGCAACACUGUACAAGUUUCUGGUGCUGUGUUUUUAACGAAUAAACUAAUUUGUAGUGUUGUGUUUUAAUAUGCUGUAUUUAAUCUUACAAAUAAAACCAACAUAACGUUUCUGUUAAAGUUUUGCAGCAUUUGUACUCUUUUUUUUGUCUGAGAACUGGAUGUUGUGGUGUUUCGCUUCAAUGUUUUCGGCCAAAAAUUUUCAGAGACAUUUCGAAGCAUCCCUAGAACUACUGUAAUAAAUAUUAUGACUGCUUAUUCAACUGUUAUAAAAGUGUCAUGGCAAAUGAACUGUUGAAGAAAUUUAUUUUGAGAAAGUUAUUUUGACAUUUCGUCACGUGUGAGAAUGGUUUUUUUUUUUUUCUUUUUAAGCUGCCUGUGAAAAACAUCUGCUGUACAUAACUACAUACAUUUUUAUACAUGCUGUGCGUACUAUAGACAUAUUUAUUUUUGUGUUUUGGAUGUUUUACAUUGAAGUAGGUAUUGUGUGUCUUGUUUGAGAGGUGCAUUGAUGCCUUUGAUUUAUACACUUCUCCAAGAGAGGUGCAGCUUCCACUGUGAUGCUACUGUUUCUGUCAGUGUGUGACCAAAAUCUGACUCUUAUCCAAGCCUCCCCCCCCCCCCCCCAGAUUCAUGGCUGGUAAUUCACACAGUAUAAUACAGUAUAUAAAGGUUAUAUGACACUACACAGGAAACUUGCCAUGAAAAUCAUCUCUGGAUGUGCAUAUUUAUAACAUUUGCUUCUUAAAAUGCCUCUUUUUUGCACUCUUGGUUCCUCUUGUACCUGAUAUUUGUGCUUGCGUGCAUGCUCUUCUUAUAAUCCUAAACAAACGGCUACUGUUUUUCUUUCACUUCCUUCUCUAAAUCCUUCACGUUCACUCCACUUAGUGCGCAAAGUGCGCAAAUAUAACAACCAUCAGAAUCUGAAUCAUGACAGGUUUUACAUGGUUCAUCUUCUGGAGAUGUUUUUAGAAUGAUUUUAAACUGGAAAAUGUUUUCAUGUAAGGACGGAUGUAAAUUUAAAUGUGUCCUGCAGCCUCCAUUAACUCAGCUUUCUGUUUAUUUAAACGCCCCUACAGGUCACAGCUCAUGUUUACGUCUCUAAUUGAUCUGGUGACAACAAUUCAUGUUUUCUCGGUGCAGAAAUGGGUUGAAGCUUAUUUGCUAGGAUAAAGAUUAGGAUAAAGACAAAAAUCAAGAGCUAAUCCAGUUAUCAGCACCGUGCAAAUAUGAGUAACUGUCAUCAAAACAGCGAUUUGUGGAUGGUGUUUAUGGAGUAGGAUCUUUAUUAAAAGAUACAAUAUGAACAUGAUUACAGGCAAAAUGGACCCUGAAGAUUACAUAUUGAAAUCUGAAUUAAUUUGAUAUCAGAAUAGACUAAUAUCCAAAAUCUUGAUCUUAUCUGAAUUCACCUAAGGCAUCCUUUCAGAUUUUAUUCCACAGAUAUCCAGAGAUGAUUCCUGCUGUGAUAUGUAAAGAAAAAUUAUUAUUAUUAUUAUUAUUAUUAUUAUUAUUAUUAUUAUAAACGGGACAGAUUUUAUCACCAAACAUGAUGUAUUUGGAAAUGAGAUAAAUUAAAAGAUUAUGAUGGUCUCUAAUUUGAAUAUGGUUUACAUUUCAGAAGAAAAAAAAAAAGAUGUAUUAGUGUCUUCACCUUAAAGCUCUGUCCUCAUACAGCUGCUGUAGUAAUGCAAUUAUGUGAACAGCAUAAUAUUGCAGAUUGCAGAUAUAACUGGAAUAAGUGUGUUGUUAUUGUGACAUGAUGAGGUUUCACCCCAAAAAUACCAUACCUGUGAUUACAAAUCUAUUACGUUUGCCAGUUAUUCCUAUGCUCUGUCUGAACUCUGUUGUUUUUCAACUAUACAAAUGAAUUUAAAAAAAAAAAAUUGAAGUUGUUGGACAUUAUUACAUCUGUAUAUGUUUGAAGUGUGUAUAUGUCUGCUAGCACUGCUAUUGUUUGAGAGUCUCUUUCCUUCACUUUAUGUAGCAUAAGCAAACAUGUUGAAUAAGAAGGUGGGGGUAGGGGCGUGCAGAAAAGGCCGAGACUCAACGGUCCGGCUUUGGCCACAAUUCAACAGGACUUUCAAAAUUGAUUCCCGGUGAAACAAAGCUUUGAUGGAAGGGUGAGUCGGAGAGAGAAAGUGAAUCCUUUUACCCCGUCCUUGGGAAGUGAUUAAUGCAUAGCCUCCUCAACUUUUCCCAGUAUGAAUGAUAAAGGAUCACAUGGUCCUAUUAGGAUGAGAUAGUGCCACUGUUGUGGGUGACUUUUGCUCUGUUUUGCUUUAGAUUACUGUGUUCAGAGCUGUAUUUAGAUGAUGCAGAAGUGGACAUCUACACACCUUGAAUUCGUGUUGGGAUGGAGAGGGUGAUGGUCUGCUCCCACUGAGAGUGGCCUGCUUCAGUAUGAAAAGACUCCGAGCUCAAAGAAGAGCUUCUUCUGCUGCCUCAGACAGUAUCCUAGCAACCGAAUACCGCUGGCGAAACCAGCCUUAUCUUAAAGGUUUUCUGCUCUCUUUUUCUCUGUGAAAGAUGGUUAUAAAGGCACCAAUUUGUAGUGUAGACCAAUCCAAUUAUAUUUAAUAUGAUUUUUUAAAAUCAAAGGAUUGGAAGUCAUUAUAGCACUUCUGGUAGACUACAAAUUUGUAAGAUGGAAAAACAGUGAUAUAAAAACACAUUUUUACACACUUAAAGCAAAAGGUUUAAAUCUGGAACAUUAAGGGUGUAUUUGGUUUGUCCCUUUGGGGAUCCCUUGAA